CUUCAAGGUUCAGCCUCAGCUUGCCCUGCCCACUCUAGGGCUGAGUUAGUCUCUUCCUCUUGUGUUCCUGUAUUGCCUCUCACUCAGAACUUCCACAUUUUGGAACAUUGUCCAUUGUACUGCAUAUUUCUUAGUUUAGGCUCCUCCAGCUCCUUUCUAAAGGUGAGCUACCACCUCAAAACUCAGACUCUGGAGUGUUUGUAAAAUAGAUGGAACUCCCAGCAUUGCAAAGGGGACGUCCCAGGGUCCUUAACCUAGUUCAGGGCUCCAACUUCCUGUGGUCUUGCUUAAGUUUGCAUGAUGGCUCUGCCUACUCUGGACUCUUCUUAGGGCAGACUCAGAAGGAAGUGCACCUUCCUGAAUUAGCUGGUGUCUGGUAAGUGGUGGCUGAGGAAGAGGGUGGGACAUAAUAACUCAGGUCACCUGUGAGUUUCACUUUUGGGUGCAAACCAGGUCAGUGUGAUGCCUCACACAGAGAGAAGAGCUCAGGCCUGAGAAGAUUGAACAACUGCUGCUGCUUCCCGGUGGCCACGCCCCAUUGUGGAACCACAUGGACUCCAUUGGGCCUGUAGGGUUGCAGCAAGGGGAAGGAACCCCUGGCUGUCCCCAGGACAGUUUGCUGUACCCCUCAGACAGCUCUGAGCUGGUGCAGGAUUGCCUGCAGCAGUUCAAGGUGACGGAGCCACAGCUGCAGCAAAUUCAAACCAGCCUCCUGGGCUCCAUGGAGCAGGCACUUGGGGGACAGACCAGCCCUGCUCCUGCUGUCCGAAUGUUGCCCACAUACGUGGGGUCCAUCCCACAUGGCACUGAGGAAGGAGACUUUGUGGUACUGGAGCUGGGGGCCACAGGGGCCUCACUGCGUGUUCUGUGGGUGACCCUGACUGGCACUGAGGGGCACAGCAUGCAGCCCCAGAGCCAGGAGUUUGUGAUCCCCCAAGAGGUGAUGCUGGGUCCUGGUCAGCAGCUCUUUGACUUUGCCGCCUGCUGCCUUUCUAAGUUCCUGGAUACACUCCCUGUGGGCAAUCAGGGUCUACAGCUUGGGUUCAGCUUCUCCUUCCCUUGUCACCAGACUGGCCUGGACAGGAGCACCCUCAUUUCCUGGACCAAAGGUUUUAGGUGCAGUGGUGUAGAAGGCCAGGAUGUAGUCCAGUUGCUGCGAGAUGCCAUCCAGAGGCAGGGGGCCUACAACAUCGAUGUGGUUGCUGUGGUGAAUGACACAGUAGGCACCAUGAUGGGCUGCGAGCCAGGGCUUGGGCCAUGUGAGGUUGGGCUUGUUGUAGACACUGGUACCAAUGCGUGUUACAUGGAGGAGGCCCGGCACGUGGCAGUGCUGGACGAGGACCGAGGCCGAGUCUGCGUCAGCAUUGAGUGGGGUUCCUUCGGUGGUGAUGAGGCCUUGGGGCCAGUGCUGACUACCUUCGACCGCACGCUGGACCUCGAGUCUCUGAAUCCUGGUGCCCAGAGGUUUGAGAAGAUGAUUGGAGGCCUAUACUUGGGUGAGCUGGUGCGGCUGGUGCUGGCUUACCUCACCCAGCAUGGGGUCCUCUUUGGUGGCUGCACCUCUCCUGCCCUGCUGAGCCAAGGCAGCAUCCCCCUGAAGCAUGUGGCUGAGAUGGAGGACCCCUCAGAUGGGGCCACCCGCGUGCACACUAUCCUGCAGGACUUGGGCCUGAGUGUGGGGGCCUUGGAUGUGAAGAUUGUGCAACAUGUGUGCAUGGCCGUGUGCACAAGGGCUGCCCGGCUCUGUGCCGCCGCCCUGGCUGCUGUCCUCUUCCGCCUCCAGCACAGUAGGGAGCAGCAGAUGCUUCAGAUUGCUGUGGCCACUGGAGGCCAAGUGUUUGAGCAACACCCCAGGUUCCUCAGUGUCCUGCAGGAGACAGUGAUGCUCCUGGUCCCUGAAUGUGAUGUCUCCUUCAUUCCCUCUGUGGAUGGGGGCGGCCGGGGCGUGGCAAUGGUGACUGCUGUGGCUGCCCGCCUGGCUGCCCACCGGCGCCUGCUGGAGGAGACCCUGGCAGACUUCCGGUUGAACCGGGAACAGCUGGCAGUGAUACAGGCUCAGAUGCGGAAGGCCAUGGACAAGGGGCUCCGUGGGGAGGCCUCCUCCCUGCGCAUGCUGCCUACUUAUGUCCGGGCCACGCCUAAUGGCAGCGAGCGUGGGGACUUCCUGGCCCUGGACCUUGGGGGCACCAACUUCCGGGUCCUUCUGGUGCGUGUUGCUACUGGAGUUGUGCGGAUCACCAGCCAGGUCUACUCUAUCCCGGAAUACGUGGCCCAGGGCUCUGGACAGCAGCUCUUUGACCACAUCGUGGACUGCAUUGUGGACUUCCAGCAGAAGCAGGGCCUGAGUGGGCAGAGCCUUCCCCUGGGUUUCACCUUCUCCUUCCCAUGCAGGCAGCUCGGCCUGGACCAGGGUAUCCUCCUGAACUGGACAAAGGGUUUCAGUGCAUCAGACUGCGAGGGCCAAGAUGUCGUGUGUCUGCUGCGGGAAGCCAUCAGGCGCAGACAAGCAGUGGAGCUGAAUGUGGUUGCCAUUGUCAAUGACACAGUGGGGACCAUGAUGUCCUGUGGCUAUGAGGACCCCCACUGCGAAGUCGGCCUCAUUGUUGGUGAGGAGGGCCCUGCUCUUUUUACCUCCAUGCCUGAUGUUAAUUCACUGUCUCCUGUUGAUUCCUCAGGGACUGGCACCAAUGCCUGUUACAUGGAAGAGCUCCGGAAUGUGGUGGGUGUGGCUGGGGACUCAGGCCACAUGUGCAUCAACAUGGAGUGGGGUGCCUUUGGGGAUGAUGGCUCUCUGGGUGUGCUCAGCACCUGCUUCGAUGCAAGUGUGGACCAGGCAUCCAUCAACCCCAGCAAGCAGAGGUUUGAGAAGAUGAUCAGUGGCAUGUACCUGGGGGAGAUUGUCCACCACAUCCUCUUGCAUUUGACCAGCCUUGGAGUUCUCUUCCGGGGCCAGCAGACCCAGCGCCUUCAGACCAGGGACAUCUUUAAAACCAAGUUUCUCUCUGAGAUUGAAAGUGACAGCCUGGCCCUGAGGCAGGUCCGAGCCAUCUUGGAGGAUCUGGGGCUCCCCCUGACCUCAGAUGAUGCCCUGAUGGUCCUGGAGGUGUGCCAGGCUGUGUCCCAGCGGGCCGCCAAGCUCUGUGGGGCAGGUGUGGCUGCUGUGGUAGAGAAGAUCCGUGAGAACCGAGGCCUGGAAGAGCUGACUGUGUCUGUGGGGGUUGAUGGGACCCUCUAUAAACUACACCCCCACUUCUCUAGCUGGGUGGCAGCCACAGUAAGGGAGCUGGCCCCUCGCUGUGUGGUUUCCUUCCUGCAGUCGGAGGACGGAUCUGGCAAAGGUGCAGCUCUGGUCACUGCUGUUGCCUGCCGUCUUGCCCAGAUGGCCCACGUCUGAAGAAUCUUCAGGAAUUUGCUGGACCAGGGCCUGGAACCCACUUGUCUCCAGCCAGCCUAGCCAUCCACGACUUCCAGGAUAGCCCAUAUGUGACCCCUCUGUGGCUACUGGCCUCAACCGCUUGUUUUCCCCAAGAGAAAUAGC